AUGGGUAGACACCACUGCAAAAGACCCCAGUUUUUUGGUGUACUUAAAGUCAUACAAAAAUACAGUCCAAGUCCCAAAGCACUGGUCUCACUCCCCCCCCUUUAAAUUGGAACAAAAUAUCGGUAAAAUUUCCACUUUUUUUGUAAAUUAGCCCCCCUUUAAAUUGGAACAAAAUUUAAUUUUAUAAAAAAAAAUUAUAUAUAAUUUUUAUCUAAAAAGUUUUAAUAUAAAUUAAAUGUUUCUUAUUAACUAAAAUUAAAAAUUUAGUUAUAUCUUGCUCUUUUUUAAAGAUAAAAGUAUAAAGAGCAUCUUAUUUAAAUAAAUUUAUUAUCCUUGAUUGUAAAUUUUAAAAAAAAAUUAAAUUGUUUUUUUUUUAAAAAUUUUCAAAAAAAUUUUUGUUUUUUUUGAUAAAAAUGAUAUUUUUUGUUUAAAUAGUUUUGAUAUAAAUUCAAUAGGAAUUCUUUAUAAAAUUUAAAAAUUUACUUAUUUCUUACUUUAUUUUAAAGAAUAGAGUAUAUAAUAGCAUCUUAUUUAAACAAAAUUAGCACUUUGAUCGAUAAAUUUUCUAAAUAUGUGUUUUUUUAAUUUUUUUUUUAUCAAUAAAAAUAAUAAUUUUUGUGUAAAUAAUUUUGAUACCAAUUAAUAGUGGCGUAUUAACUAAUAAUAAAAAUUUAGUUAUAUCUUGCUUCGUUUUAAAGGAUAAAGAGUAAAUAGCGUUUUAUUAAACAAUUUAUUAAUCUAAUUCGAUAAGUUUUGGAAAUUUUUUUUUUUUAAAUUUUUAUAUUUUAUAAAAAAUUUUAUAUUGAUAUUUUUUAAAAAAAAAAAUUAACCCCCCUUUAAAUUGGAACAAAAAUUUUUAGUUCCAAUUUAGAGGGGGGGGAGUCAGAAGAAAAAAUUCCUCCAAAUGAAGAGAGGCACCGAAAAAAUGCCUUUUACACUGCCAGACUUUAUUGAAGCCACAGGUAUUACUAAAAUCAGAGCACAGAUGAGAGAAAGAGAUGCGGGAAAACUAUUAAAGCAAAGAAUGAGAGAAAGAAUGAACCCAAAAUUAGGGAGGCUUGAUAUAGACUAUCAAAUUCUUCAUGAUGCAUUUUUUAAGCACCAAACUAAGCCAAAAAUGACGAUCCAUGGCGACUUAUAUCAUGAAGGCAAAGAAAAUGAGCUUAAAAUGAGGGUUUAUAGGCCAGGCCAACUAAGUGAUGAACUGAAGCUUGCACUUGGGAUGCCUGAAGGGUGCCCACCACCUUGAAUUAUAAACAUGCAGAGGUUUGGGCCGCCUCCUGCGUAUCCUCACUUAAGAAUUCCUGGCUUAAAUGCCCCAAUACCUGAAGGUGCACAAUUCGGCUAUCAAAUGGGAGGAUGGGGAAACCCAGAAAGCGGGAUUUAUGGAAAUACCUUAAACAAUAAUGGCAAUAACCCUGAGAUACCUAAUAAAAAGAAACAUUGGGGGGAGCUUGAAGAUGAAAUUGAGAUUGAAGAAGAGUCUGAGGGAGAAGAAUCCCCAGAAGAUACGUCAACUUUUAUCAGAAAUACUGCAUUUUCUGGGUUCUCUGAUUUGACACCACUUAUUAUCGACCAAAAACAGAUGAUUGCAGGCACACAAACUACUGUUGGAUAUGAAACUCCAGCACCAGUCGAAAUUAAGAAAAAAAUAAAUAAAUAA